AGGAAACAGAACAUGAUUUUGGUUUGGAAAAGCUGAUAAAGAAACGAACUUUUUUGUUGUAGAGAUAAAAACAGAUGAUUGAAAUAUCUUUAGUACCUUUAGCUGUACAAUAAUUCAGGGGUUACCUUUUGGAGCCACUUGUCUAGAUGUACUUUUCAGCAUUUAUUUGCAGUUCAAAAGAACGAGUCAUCAUAUCAUGGCGGGUUCUGUUGGGUUUGAUACAAAGUUGAAUAUUCAGAAUUAGAGGGGCCAUAUUAAAUACUCUUCCAAGAAAGUAAGUAUGUAUUUCAUUAUGAGGAAUACGUGUGGGAUUUUACCAAUUGACUCGUUCGACUAGUUUCUUCAAGCAGUAAAGAUGACAAAACUUUGUGAUCAGAGAAGACAAUGUUGAACACACAAGCACUCGGAAAAAUCUAUAUCCAUUUGCGUUACUCUUGAGUUUUGUAUGCAAUGAUUUUGAUGGGCUUGAAUCCAUUUUUAACAAACCUUGGUCUUUCGGGUUGACAAUUGCUGCGAAAUAUUGCUGCGCCGGUAGCCGUAAAAGUCGUGUGGACAGGGCAGAGUCAUCGCAGAAAAUUGGUUGCAUCGGCAUUAUAUUGUACGACAAGUCUCAUUGGGAACAUCCCCUCGGCAGAGGAAGAGGCCAUGGAUUCCAUUAGAGGUCUCAGUGUAGAAAGUGCGAGAGGAAGCAUGAGAGAUCAAGGAAUCCAAUAGGAAAUUGAUGUUUGAAUUUAGAUUGGGGUGACCUGUGUUGGCUCCUGAGCAGGAUAAAUAACGUUGGCUACAACAAGGGAGUAUGAAUCCAGAGAUUGAAAUCAAAAGUAGUAAAGUUAAAGGCCAAGAAGAAGGUGUUUGAAUGAGAAAAUGAAUCAUGGUUUUUUUAAGUUUUCAGGUUGCUCAAAAUGAAUAAAAUGAGGAUGAUGAGUUGAGAGAGAUGUGAUUAUAUAUUGAAAUGAAGGUAUUUUGUUGAAUAAGUUUGAAUGAAGUGAAUCUGGAGCCCAAAAUAUUUUGGCUUAUUCAAAUUAAACCAACUAACCUGUCCAUAUGUUUUUCCAUUUGACAGUUUCAGAAUUACUAUUUGCAGUGAAAGAAACUUAUCACUACUUUUCAAUACAAAUAAUCCUCACGUGUGUCAAGAAGAAAACUUUGGAACCAAACCUUCCUUUUUGGACCUAAUACUCGUUAAGAAAACUUUGGAACCAAACCUUCCUUUUUGGACCUAAUACUCGUUGGACUUCUUCUGAGAAUGCUGAUAUAGAUUUUUCUUUUAAAUGACAAUCAUAAAGUAAUGGCAUUCAGAUUUCUUCAAGGCAACAAAAUUCAUAAUUAACCAAAAGGUUCUUGUGGGAAGUGGUUGUGGGUGGGGGCGCCAAUAUUUGAAAAAUGAUGUUUGUAAGAUUUUAAACACAGAAGAAAAACAUUUUCCAUUGACCCUUUUCUCGAUUGGUAUACGACUUUUCUCUGAAAAAUAAUAACGACAAAAUUGAAAAGUUUUCAACCAAUUUUCUUCUUCCUUCCCAUCAACAUCAACGACUAUCUUUUUUAUGAAAGUUUGAAUUAAGAUAGCACAUAAUUUCGGUCUAUAUGAUUUACCUUAAAUUUAAUAUAAUAAUGGGACUCCAAUCAUGUAGACCUUUCAUAUUAUGGUAAUGAUACUAAGUAUAGUUGAUUGUGGAUGAUUGAGUAGCCAAAUCUAUCUAUUUAGUUAUCAUAUUUUGAUUUGAAUUUUAAAAACAUUCCUAAAAAAAUGAUAAGGAUACACUGAAUUUCUUGGUUGAUUAUACGGAGAAAGAAAAAAUGACGACCUAGCUUUACAAAUGAAUGAAUCCGUUUCAUGAUAUUCGAUGUUACUAACUCAACUCACUGAAACCCAAGUUUCAUGGUCUUCUUGCUUUUGCCCAAAAAUCUGUGAAAUUCCUAAAGAACAGAUCUGGAGGAAGAUUGAUUGAAUUUGCAUCUGUCUGAGAUGAAUCGUAGUUUGGUUUUGGGAAUGCUUCCAGAAAUUAGACUAAUUCCUAUUGUAUGGUUCGUUUUUAAAUUUCAGCAAUACAAUUUGUAGCAAAAGAGACUCCUCAUCUUUCCAAUUAGGUCAGUCGUAAUGGUUGAAAAGCUUGACAAUGAAGAUUCUAUAGCCAAUAUUUCACGUAUUCUUGCAUUCCUGAUUCUGCUCAUUGACUAUGUUUAGAUAUAAAAUAAAUGCGAAAUUCUUCUCUCCAUGAACGCACUUUCCAUAAUAAGUAUGAAUAUUUACAUGGAUUAAAUAACCCUAUUGUUCAAUUGUAUGUUCAGUUUUUAACUUUAGUUUAAGAAAGACGAAACUUGGUGAGUUUUGGAAUUCAUAAUAAUGUAAUGUAGAGAAUCAAACUUUUUAUAAAAUAAAAGGCAAUAAACAAAGCAACGGAUCAGUAGUUUAAGCCAAAAUUUGUAUCUUGUUGGUCAAACAAAAACUAAUCUUUAUGAUCAUUCCAAGUCCUAACAGAUUUAAAUAUUUGAUAGAUUGAACUUAAAAGCCAAAAUCUUGUAAUGAUGUUUCUGCAGCUCUUUCGUACUCAUUGCCAAUAGUAGUACAUGGCAUUCUUUCUUCCUCUUGUUUUGUUUUUCAUUGCCAGAGUUUGUGCCAGUCCACCUGUCUUCGUCGGCCAUUACUGUUUGUAUGAUAGUGGAAACUUCACCAGCAUCAGUACGUAUAAGACCAACCUCGAUCAUGUCCUUUCCUCCAUUGCCACUGCCAAAGAUACUGGCAAUGGCUUUUACAGUUUUUCCUACGGGCAAAACUUAGACAAAGCAAAUGCUAUUGGCCUCUGCCGAGGCGAUGUUAAGUUUGAUGUAUGUCAAAGCUGCCUCAUUGACUCUAUACAUCGUCUGAAAAAGCUAUGUCCUCAGCAGAAAGAAGCAAUUGGGUGGUUUGACAACUGCAUGCUUCGCUAUUCAAACCAUUCCUUAUUUGGUGUAAUGGAUACUCGACCCAAUAUCUUCAUGUGGUCGACAAUCAAUGUAACAGAGAAACCUCUGUUCAGCCAGAAGUUAAAAUUAUUACUGGAUAGCUUGAAAAAGAAUACCUCUACAGGUGGUUCUCUAAAGAAGUAUGCAAGUGGAGACAUAGGUGCACACAGUCUCUGGACAAUAUAUGGGCUUAUGCAAUGCACACCUGACUUGUCUCAGCUACAAUGUGACGAGUGCUUAGAGUCAGCGUUACAAGCAAUCCCACCAUGCUGUAGUGAAGGAAUGGAAGUUUUUUUACCCAGCUGUCAUGCCAGAUAUGAACCGUACAUCUUCUUUGAGCUUUCUCCUAAGUUGCAACCACCACUGCUACCGCCACCACCACUAUUAGUAUUUACUCCUUCAACUAGUACCAUGUCUACGGAGGGAAAGAAGUUCAAAAUACAAAGUGCCAUUGUGAUAGUUCUUCCACUUGUGGCGCUUUUGGUAUUCUUGACCACCGGGAUCUUUAUCUUUUGGAGAUCCAGAAGGUUGAGGGGAAGACAGGAGACUAGUGAUGGUGAUAUUAACUCUGUGGACUUCUUGCAAUACGACUUUAAGACGAUCAAAGAUGCAACCGAUGACUUUUCAACUGCCAAUAAACUUGGACAAGGUGGAUUUGGUAUCGUUUAUAAGGGUAAACUUCUCAAUGGACAAGAAGUGGCUGUAAAAAGGCUAGCUCGAGGAUCUCAACAGGGAGACCUUGAAUUUAAGAAUGAAGUUUUAUUGGUUGCUAAGUUGCAGCACCGGAAUCUGGUUCGACUUCUAGGCUUUUGUUUCGAGAGAAGUGAAAGGCUUCUAAUCUACGAGUUUUUACCUAAUUCAAGCCUAGAUCGUCUGAUAUUCGAUCCAAUGCAGCGCCAAUAUUUGGACUGGCCAAGACGUUACAAAAUUAUAGUAGGCAUCAGUCGUGGCCUCAUGUAUCUCCAUGAAGAUUCUCGAUUCAAAGUCAUCCAUCAUGAUCUUAAAGCCAGUAAUAUACUAUUGGAUGCAGAACUAAAUCCAAAAAUUAAUGAUUUUGGAAUGGCAAGAUUGUGUUCGUACAAUCAAUCCAAUGGUGAUACAAGUAAAAUUAAAGGAACAUAUGGAUACAUGGCCCCAGAGUAUGCAUUAUAUGGGCAUUUCUCAGUAAAAUCAGACGUGUUUAGUUUUGGUGUGCUUCUUCUAGAGAUAGUGAGUGGCCAAAAGAACGGUAGCGUUCAAGAUGGUGAAAAUAUAGAGCAUCUUUUGAGCUAUACAUGGGAAAACUGGACGAAAGGAACAAUUACAAAUAUUAUAGACCCAAUAUUGAGUAGAACCUGCACUGAUGGAAUCAUAAGAUCCAUUCAUCUAGGGUUAUUAUGCGUUCAAGAAGAUGCAGAUAGCCGACCAACCAUGGCUUUUGUUGUUCUUAUGCUGAAUAGCAGUUCCUUCACUCUUCCUACACCAUCACGGCCUGGAUUUUUGCUGCAUAGUAAAUCAUCAAACAUUGCACAGCCAUUUAAUUGCUCAGAAGGUUCUCAAUUUAGCCCAUCUGCGAGCAUUUCUAUUGAAGAAGAAUCAUCAAACCAGUUUAACCCAUAUUAGAGACUUGGAAUGAAGAAACAACCUCAACUUAUCAUUUAUUUAAAUAGGCAAUGCUGACCUUUUCAUGUGCAUAGCUCUUUAGUCCAUGUCUUUAUAGUACAGAGUAAAAAAAAACUGUCAAUGUAUAUUAGUUUUUUUCUUUUAAUCUUUCAUUUUUAGUUUGAAUAACCUGAACUUCAUGAUUGUUUUAAUUUAGAACUGUUAACGUGGUCUAUCGUCUAUCCAACUUCCCUCCAUUAGCUGAACUUGUGAUUUUCUGUCAAGAAAUAAGAAUAACUCUAAGGUAUUUCUAAUCAAGGCUUUUAAAUGUUGAUAUUGAGAAAAAA